AUGGAAGCCUUUCUUGACUUGCAUACUCUCCUAGGCUCCCAAUCAUCGUCGCUCAACGUGGACGACAUCAUGGAGGAUGAUGAUAUGUCCAUCCCAGACUCCAGCGACGAUCAGUUACUCAUCGGAAGGCAGCAUACCCAGCUGCAAAGAUAUCUGUCAUCUGUUCCCUACCAAUGCGAAAGCCCAGAGGAAAUGGAUGAGAAGCUUCAGGUUAUCAUAGGCAAGAUUGGUGUUUGUGCCGAGACCAAGAAUUGGCUUGUCCUUUCGUCUUGGAACGGAGCCUUACAUUGUUGGCUGCUCAUGCGCUAUCCUAUUUCAAAACCUCUGCGAGCCAGGUUAUGCAGGCUCUACUACGAACUCUGUUUGUUGCCCGGGAUCGAGCCUCGGGUUAUACAUAGCUGGGUUGAUAUGCUUGCUAGGCUUCUUCUAAAUAAACCCAACAGCAAGCGCAAACUCGAGUCUGUGGAUCUCCAGCUUCCGUGGAAGCCACUGUGGCGAGCUCUUCAAAAAGAGAUCCCAAUGAAAGGGAGACUGUACGACUCCUCGCGUAAUCUAGUCAAUAUAUUAUUGUAUCUAGCAGAAAUGUGCAGGCGGUACUUCCCUGCCGAAGAAAUCCCGGAAAUGCUUUCUACGUUCGUCCCCCUUGUAACAUCUGAGUCGUACCUGGCUAUGAUCCCGGUCAUAAUAUCGUUUAUGCCACCUGCUCGGUGUCAUCUUUACAUGCCUGCCCUUUUCAGUUUAUGGGAGGCGUUCAAUUCCACCAAACUUGACGACAGACUCAUCGAACUCGUUGGCGAGCUGUCCGAGGAACACGUCGCAGGUACGGCAGGACUAGAAGGAAGUGUCGCGUGGAAAGAUGUCGGAAUAUGGAGCUCUAAACAAUGGACUGUUCUCGUUGGAAAAGCUCUAGGCUCCAUGAAUGUUCCUGUUGGAGGUAGCGGGGGCGCUAGUACUACGGGUCGAUAUGCUGAUAGUAAAAGCAAUGGUGCGUCUUCCAGAAUCAAGAAGGUUAUAGCUCGUUUUGGUCCCUUGGCAAAAAUGUUAGUUUAUUCUAUGGCAACGGAUGCCCCUAUUCGCGAUGCUGCACCAACGUCUAGAGACCAUCGUGCCAUCGGAGAAGGCUACCUUGCCGGUUCAAGAGCUCUUGACUCGUUGGACAGACUGAUGAUCAGUACCGAAUCAUUCUUCCAUCCGUCCAACCAUGGUCUAUGGUCGAUCAGCCUGACAAGUUUCAUAUCACACUUGGCGUACGAGUUCACAAAGCGCUGUGAAGAAGAGCGGGAUCCGAAUUGCAAGACUCCAGCAGCUCGCCGACUCACCCUAGCAAUUCGUCGCGCCUUUGUGACGACUCUUCGUACUCCAGCUUUGCUCUCAAUGUUUUCGAAAGACCCGAUGUCCAUGAACUUCGCACAGAGUGCUUUGCGCGCCAUGGCCGUUCUGGAGCCGAGCCUCAUUAUGCCCGACCUCCUCGAUCGUGCUUAUAGCGGCUUGGAAGUAGUAAAUGAGACUCACAGGACGACUGCCGUUCUGACCAUGCUGUCCGGAAUCGCUUUACCUCUUGUAUCAGAGAACAUAUGGCUGGGCGGCCAAAAGCAUGUCGUGCCUCUUUUGGAGAUGUGUAUCCCUGGAAUCGACCUUAACGACCCCGUGAAGACGGUUUGCGCAACCAUGUUUAUCAUCUCAGUAGUACAACACAUCAAGGUCGGGGAUCUUUCAAUGGCCCAAUCGGGCUUGUCUCUCUCAAGUGAUGCUCCCUACGAGGAUAUCAUGGAUGUUGACCAGGAUGUUCGUCUUCCUGAUGGCACCGAUUUGGGAGAAAUGCCUGUCUUGAGCAGAGAAGAGGAAAGGAUCCUAGUUAGAGAGUCUACCGCCUCAUUUGCUGAUUGGGUUACGUCCUUCUUUAGACGGAUUUUCGCGCUCUACGAAAAUUUGCCGGAAGAAGGAGGUAAGAAAAAUAUGACAGGUGGCAAGCAAGAAGAAAGUGUCCUAAAGUCUUUGAAAAGCACUUUGGAUAUCUUAUGCCUGCAUCUUUCGGACCCGCUGUUCGAUCUCGUUUUGAAGCUUGUGUACGACUAUGCCACCACGAAUGCGAAGUCCAAUGCAGUCAGAGCGUUUGGUCAGUUGGUGUCUACCCUUGCUAGGGCGAAGCCUGCGCAGACUAUCGACAAAUUCCUGCCAUUCUGCAUUAGGCAGAUCAAGGAAGAAUUGAGACACGGUGCAUCGGGUAUCCGUACGACGUCAAGUCAUGCCGCCGUUCCGUCCGAUACCACAUUCCACUGGAAUAUGUCCAUCAUUCGUGGAUGCUUCGGUUACGAUGGAGCAGCCCUUCUCAAACACAAAACUCAAAUCUUGGAUCUCUUGUCGGUACUUGUUGAGAAAACGUUGAGUGAAAGAGGAUACAGCGGAACUGGAGACUUGUUAGCUCGCAUCCUAGCUACUCUCUCAGGAACAUAUCCGCUCAAUAGCAGAUUCGUCAAUACUGAUGCAUGGAACAGCCCAGAGUUUAACAAGGACCACAAUAUUCACUGGGGUAAGACUUUUGUGGCAGAAGAGGUGGAAAUUGAAUGGCACGUUCCGUCUGAGGAGGAAAUAUCGUUUGUGCUCGAAAUUCUAGAUCAUAUUGUGGCGCCUGCUCUGGCCAAAGUCGAAGUUUUGUUAGAGAAAUCUUCUGCCUGGACUAGUAUAGAUCGCAACGAUUUCUGUCGAUACCUCCAGGUUAGCAGAUCUGCCUGGACUGGCUUGUACACCCUCUUCCAGGAAGGGCCCAAGGAAGUAGCCCAGUCGAACUUGGAUGACAGCACUGAGGUUGAGGCUCUUGUUGUCUCUCCGCUCAUGGUUCAAGCCGGGUUUGCCCUUUCGGAUCCUGCAGAUCCUCGAUUCAAGAGGGCAGUCGCACACCGUGAACGUAUGGGACAUCUUAUCCAUCGUGCUGCAACGGCUUUGGGGCAUGGCUACGAGGGCGAAGAUCACAUCGACGCUGUCCUUUCGGUCGCCAAGGCCAUCGAUGUGUACCUUCUAGGUUACGCUAUGGGCAAAAGCGAUUUUGACAACCUGCAGAAGAAUUAUACUCAGGCGAGAGACUUGAGCCGAGCUUGGCCAAAGCAGAAGAGGGACUCUCGCCUUAUCUUGAUCAAGCGCGGACAAGUCUACCAUGGCAGCCGCCUCUACAUGCAUUCCCUCUAUCGACGUCGGUCUGCUCUAGAUGAUCAGUUGUUGAACGAUCUAGUAGAGCUGUCUCUGUCGUCAUACACUCGAGUGAGAAAGCAUACUCAAGCUGUCCUUCGCAAUGUGUGCGGAUAUUACGUACGAUCUACAAGCAUGAUGUUGCCGACGCUAUACAACUCGCUCGCGAGAGGGACAGACCCAGACCGCAUGAAGGGUGCUCUGUAUAUCUUGUACGACAAAGAGAUCGCGACGUACGCAAUUGCAGAUCCCAAAACUCCUAAUCUUUAUGGACGCUACCUCAUCGCCUUAUUAAAUUGCCAACAUGAGGAAAAGCCCUCGAUUCAAAAACUAGUCACUUCUCUUGCCCAGGGAUGCUUGUCUAAUCUCACAGAGGAAUCCAACCGAACUCACGCAUAUCCUGAUGACAUCCCUGGCGUCAAGGAAGCUAUGCGUGCCUUAAGCUUUGAGUUUUCUCCUGCAUUCAUCGAUAAAACGAUACUUGAGGAAACGCUUCGCAAGGAGCCUGCGAGAGCCACAGCAUGGAAGCUCAAAUAUGAACAAACUGUUUCGUCUAUCAUCGAAGUUGCUCUGAAACCGACUACCCAUUGGAGAUAUAUCCAGAUUGCGCUCGACUUCUUGUACGGAUUGCUUUGUCGCGAUGUAGCACCUUCUUCUGCGAUAGCAAAGUUAUUUAUAGAUCACAGCACCAGCCCUCAUCCACCAUUGCGGGCCGUGGCACAAAAGGGAAUCAUCAAGUUGUGUGCGUUGGUGAAGAUUCGUACCUACUCGAAAUCGAAUGAAGAACUUUGGCUGGACGAAUAUUCAAAUCCGCUUCGGAGGAAUGUUCCAAUCAAGAGCGAUGCUGAAUUUUACGAUUACGUUCAGCAACCUGUGCGCUACGACGGAGCCGCCGAGUAUCUGCUCAUCGACAAGCCUGCCUCAGGCUUUCUUACUUGGGCACCGUUCACGAAGGCGUAUGUUGCUGUGGCAAAUGGAACUCCCCCAUUCUCGUGGGACGUUGAAUGUCAGCCAGCGCUAGAAGCUAUCCAGUCUGUCAUUAGUGGGAGCAGUUAUUACGGUGACUUGACAGCCUUGUGGGGUCAAGAAUCCAGCAAAAAUACGGCAAAACCCCUUUUACGAGCAGACAAUGUGUCAUUCAUCAAGACUAUUGCGAAAACUUUUCAAGGCGAUGGACUUGACAAGAUACUGAGCACCAUAGAUCCUCUUCUAUGGGAGACUGAUCGGUUCAAGCAACGUGCGGGAGCGGAGGUACUGUCAGGGCUAUUGCGAGGAAGCAAGCAUUGGCCGAAACAGCUUUCUGACCACAUAUGGUCUUGGGUAUCAUUUCGUUUAGAUCGCAUUUUCGCGCAGAUCAAACCAGAUACUAUCGGUCUCUGGGAGGGUGUCGUCAAUACGCAACUUGAAUCGCGGGAUCCCCGAAGGAAUACUUUGCUGGUCGCUUGGAUUCUUUCUCUUCCCCUCGACUUACAAAGUGAUUCUGCUUUUGCUGUGACCAAGUCGUUGACCAUGUUAGGGUGUUUCAUGGAUUAUGUUGGGUAUAGGAAUCCGCAACUCGGAGACAAGUACUUCAAGAUGUUCCUUGAGAACUGCAACGUCGGUUAUGCUGAGAUGAGGGUCAACAUUGCUCAGCAUUUCUAUAUGAUUAUCACCAAUCGGUGGCGUCCUUCUUAUCGCUCGGCUGAGGCAUUCUUAGAAGCUUGUCAAACGACUGAAGACCCGUUGCAUAUCCAGCGAGCCUUCUAUCUUCCUGGUGUCCUCGAGAUUACCCGCCAGAUGGCCAAAUGGAAGCAGGAGCGCCUCCCCCCACCCAGAGUAAAUCAAUCCGAGUAUGAUAAAGUAGGACUGACUCUGCUGAGAUGGAUGUGGAUCGCGUUCUACGCCCCGCAUGCCCCGUUGAUGUUCCCAUAUAUUUUGCCAAUGCUGCCAGAUUUCAUUUGUAUGUCGGAGCUUAGUGACAGUUCAGAAUUGCAAACGCACAGCCAGGCGGUCAUGUACAUCCUUUCUGCUGUCGUUCCCCCUCCCGGAUUGGUCAACUCUAUUGUCACAAGCUUUGUCGACGCGAUCAAGUCCGCAACGUCAUGGCGCACCCGAUUGAAUGCUCUGCCAGCGCUGGUUGUAUUCUUCUACCGCAACCUCAUUAGCAUCUCUGAUGUAGGUGUGAUCAUGGAUGUCGUUAUCAAUUGUCUGUCGGAUGACAACGUCGAAGUGCGAGAGAUGGCCUCAAAGGUCCUGUCUGGCGUAGUCCGCGUAUCUCAGCGACAAAGUAUCAUCCGCUUGAAGAAUCAGUUUUUAUCUCUCGCGCACAAAGUCAAGCUACCUGCACGGCAGGAUCCGAAAUAUGGAGAUUCUCUGCGAACCCUGCAUUCGGCCAUUCUAGGCCUCUGCGCCCUUAUCGAAAGCUUUCCGUAUUCGGUAGAAACGUGGAUGCCUUCCUUGACCGAUAUAUUGGCAAUGCAUGCAACGGAUCCUCCUCCUAUAUCGACGACUAUCAGGAAGUGUGCAUCCGAAUUCAAGAAGACUCAUCAGGACACUUGGCACAAAGAUCAGCUAUCCUUCAAUGAGGAUCAGCUACAGAAUCUUUCGACUAUGCUUGUGGGCACCUCUUACUAUGCUUGAUGUCAGCAAACCGACCAAGAAGAACCCUUCACUUCGUUCUCCGUGUGUGUACUUGUAUCGAAUAAGACUCUGUGUUUUCUAUGGACACCC